ACUAAAGUAGAGAACAAAUCAGAGAACAGUUAUAUUAGGCAUUAUCUGGCGCAGCAGCUAUCUUCUGAUACAGACAAGGCACGGUGACAAGUCGCAACGCAGAGAGGACAACUGCAACUUUUUGCGUUUUACACAGAAGUGUGGAAGUUUGAAUACUAGCAGAUUGAGUUCGUUGGGAUAAAAUCAGGAAGAAAGAAGAGAGGGACCAUCAGCAGCGAUAUUCAAACAGCUCGCUUGGAAAAGAGGGUUCCAGACUUUAUCGCUUACCGUCCUUAUCUGGAGUGCGUUACCUUUUUUUGCGGCCGCUGCUCAAGAAUACUUUGGAUUGGAAAUUUUGGACGUUAUCGAGACUUUUGCUCCAAGCAGCUCAAACACUGGGUUUUUUGUUAUUAGGUUAUUUUUUUAUUUUUUUUAGAUCUAAGAGGAAAGCGUAGUCGUUGGAUACAGCAUGUAUUCGAGUCUGGCUUUAUCUUCCAACCCGUCCCCCUACGCACACGACUCCGGGAACUACAUCCAUCCGUCCGCCAGCUCACCUGUUUAUGUGCCCACCACCCGCGUACCUGGCAUGCUGCAGACCUUGCCCUACCUACAGACGUGUGAGUCCACCCAUCAAUCCCACGGGCUUGCCAAUCACCAUGCCUGGCCACAGACUGGCACGGAAAACGGCACUUUUAACCCCGGUAGCCCUCACCCUCCUCCCGGUUUCUCCUAUUCGCACAGCCCGCCGGUGAGCAGCAGCACGGGUAGAGAUGCAUCGUACCAGAAUCCGUUAGUACUGAGUAAUGGUGGUCGGGUAGAUCAGUAUGGAAGUGCCCUGGUGCGUUCUGUGGGUGGCUCCUACUCCAGCCCGUACGCGGCCUACAUGAGCCCAGAGAUGGCAUCCUCAUGGACGCCAGGGCCAUUCGAUGGCGGCAUGAUCGGUCUUCAGGGACGGCAUGGAACUCUAACUGGAAGGAGGUCUAGUUUAGACAUGCUGGAGGAUCUGCCGUGUGAAGGGCGGGAGUGUGUUAACUGCGGCUCUAUCUCAACCCCGCUGUGGAGGAGAGACGGUACGGGCCAUUACCUGUGCAAUGCGUGCGGCCUAUAUCACAAGAUUAACGGGAUCAAUCGACCUCUCAUCAAACCCCAGAAACGUCUGCAGAGCACGUCUCGGCGAGCAGGUCUGUGUUGCACCAACUGUCAUACCAGUACCACCACGUUGUGGAGGAGAAACGCAGAGGGCGAGCCUGUCUGCAAUGCCUGCGGCCUGUACAUGAAACUGCACGGGGUAGCAAGGCCAUUAGCAAUGAAGAAAGAAAGCAUUCAAACAAGGAAACGCAAACCAAAGAUGCCCAAGACAAAGGCAUCCUCAGGGUCGAUAGUGUCUGGUGCUAGAUCUCCCCCUUCCUUGCCUGUGUCAGAGAACGCCUCUACAAUAAAAAGUGAACCCAACAUCGCAGCUUCUCCAUAUGCUGGUCAAACAGUUGUCUCAAUCACACAGGCAUCAACACAGCUAGACAGCGCCAGCGCAGGGCACGUGGACAUCAAAUACGAGGACUACACGUACACACCUACAUCAAUCACCCCACAGAACUCCUGGUGCACUCUGUCUCAAGCAUGAUGUGAUCUGAGACAUGAGACCUCCACUGUGCGUGGGAGAAAAGACUUUUAACAAGAUCUACCUAAUUGAACUCAACUCUACAUAUAGACGGACAGAGCUUAGGAAUGCAAGAGAUCGACUGUAUUUGUGCUACUUCGCCCCGUUCUUUUAUCAAGGCAUAUGUGACAUCACGGCCAGUUCAUGUUGUUUCGCCGAAACACGGUGGCCGAGAAGCAAAGACCCAGCAAGCAGAUUUCAAGUUCUAUAAGCGCCGUUUGGAAGGACAAAAAAACAUGUUUUUAUGGCUUUUGAACAUGUUUCAUGGCUUAGAUGUUAAUGAUUCACUUUUAAGAUACAUUAUUUAUGCUAAGAUAAGAAUGGUUGAGGCACAAGUGUCUCCCAUAAUCUUCCUUAUCCUUCAGGGAAUUUUUGUCUUUAUGGUCAUUAUGACUUUGGAUCACAUACUUUCCCUGGAUGAGGUUUUAAAAGUUUCCUUGUUGUCUUUGCUGAUUCCAGACAAUGUUAAUGCUGUUUUCUAUUCAUGCAAUGAUCUGAAGUGCAAUGACCCCUCACUUUUCAGCAAUUUUUGAAAAGGGAUACGUUUAUUUUAAUUGUUGAAAAUUUUGUGUUUUGUUUUGUCAGAAUAUGUUAACCUAAAUUUAUUUGCUGUAUUUUGUUGAUAUAUAUUGGAAUUAUAUCUUUGUUUUAUUGCAUAUAAAAUUGCCUAAAAAUUG